UCUUCUCACUGUUUGUUUUCUCCUCACCAACACAGCUCUCUCUCUCUCUCCCCCAAACCUGCAGGAGAGACAGCCCGCCAUGAUAACUUCCACUCCAUCGUCUCCAUUUCCAUAAGAGAGAAAAUCUCUCUCUCUCUCUCUCUCUCUCUCUCUCUAGUAACGAAUUCGGGUAGCAAGAGUGAUGUUUCACCUGAACCGCACCACCUUCCCAACCAAUUCGGAGAAGCUUCUAGACCUCUCCACGGUACAAAUGAACGAUCCAGCCACCUCAAAUUCCUCCCUCAUUAAUUCCAACACCACCAGAAACGCCGCCGCCGACGAAGACUCCUCCUCCUCCACCACCACCACCGCCACUCACGGCACCUUCGGUUAUAGCUUCGGUAUACUAAAACCCACCAAAUGCGAGGAUAUCGACAAUAAUAGUAGCAAUCAAUUGGUCACGAAACAGCUCUUUCCGGUUAACGCCGGAGGAGGCGUAGUAGUAGAGGCGGCGGCGAGUUCGAGGCGGCAGUGGUUGGAUCUUUCGGUUAGGGCGGGGAAUUCGGCGCCGGUGAAGAAGAGUAGCAGGAGGGGACCUAGGUCUCGGAGCUCGCAGUAUCGCGGAGUCACGUUUUAUCGGAGGACUGGGAGAUGGGAAUCACACAUUUGGGAUUGUGGAAAACAAGUGUACCUAGGAGGAUUUGAUACUGCACAUGCUGCGGCUAGGGUGUAUGAUCGGGCUGCAAUUAAGUUUCGUGGGCCUGAUGCUGAUAUCAAUUUUAAUAUCAUUGACUAUGAUGAAGAUUUUAAACAGAUGAAGAAUUUGACAAAGGAAGAAUUUGUGCAUAUACUUCGUCGCCAUAGCACCGGAUUCUCUAGGGGAAGUUCGAAAUUCAGGGGUGUUACACUUCACAAAUGCGGACGUUGGGAAGCUCGAAUGGGGCAGUUCCUUGGCAAGAAGUAUAUGUAUCUUGGGCUUUUCGACAGCGAGUUAGAAGCUGCCAGGGCUUAUGACAAGGCAGCAAUAAAAUGCAAUGGAAAGGAAGCAGUCACUAAUUUUGAGCCAAGCACAUAUGAGGGGGAUUUAAGCUUUGAGGCUGGGAAUGGGGAUGCAGGAAGCAGCCAUAACCUAGACCUCAACUUGGGUAUUGCUACCCGUUAUUAUGCUGACGGCCUAGGAGGAAACAAUGACUUGACUAGCGGCUCAAUUGCCAUGCACGAGAACACAAGGGAUACAAGAAUGGGAGCUAAACCACCUCAUGGCCCCAUAUUGUUGUCUGAGCACCCUCCUCCCUGGAGAGGUACUAGUUCCAAUGUCUUCCCUAUCUAUGAGGGAAGAGCAAUGGAGAAGAGCGUGGAAUUUGAUUCUUCACCAAACUGGGCAUGGCAAAUCCAAGGCCCAUUUGGUGCGGCGGCAGCUCCACUUCCGCUUUUCUCUGCUGCAGCAUCAUCAGGAUUCUCUACUUCAACACCCGUCACUGCUUCAUCUGCUUCUGCAAAUCAACCUCGCUUUCUUAGUACAACAAACCCCCACAAUCAAUACCCACCAUCAAUCACCAAUUCCAACAACGUAUCUCAAUACCUGUGCAAGAGCUGAAAACUCUAGAACCGAACUACAACCCAGCUAUUCUUUGUUUCGAGGAAGAAACGACUGGUGAAGGAAGCAUACUACUAUUUGAUCAAAAAACGAAAGAAGCAUUUAUACUAGGAUAUUGUAAUUGAUUUGAAAUGCUCAGGUGCCACAUUCAUAACAGAGGCUCCAGAUUUAUCAUCUUUUCUCUUGUGGAAAAUGCCUUAAUUGUGCUUGUAUUUCUCCUAUUGGCAUGAGAAAUCACUUCUUAUGUUACGCCUUCUAGUUGUGAGUUGUCUUAUAAUGCAGAAUCCAUAAGAACUUGUGCUGAGA